AUGUCGAAUCAUGCAUCCAGUAAGGAUAUCAAUACAGUAGCAUUCAUUGUGGAACAACCAGGAGCCGAAUUUCGACUUGCUCCUGUCAUCUUCAAUGAGCCUCGCGACGAUGAAUUUCUUAUCGAAAUGAUGUUUUCUGGCAUCUGUCAUACGGACAUCUUGCUGCAGCAAGGACUAUUCGCAGAUGUCUGUGAUUAUCCUGCAAUCUUUGGCCACGAGGGAGCAGGUCUCGUCCGCAGCAUUGGCAAGAACGUCCGCGAUAAAUCCAUUCAGAUCGGCGAUCCGGUUCUUCUGUCGUUUUAUACCUGCGGGCAUUGCGACAGCUGCGAAAAUGGCAAGCCUGCUCGAUGUUGGAAUUUCAUCGAGUGCAACUUCGGAGCAAAGCGAUAUCAUGACAAAUCGGUUCAUGCAAGAUUUUCUAAUGGGCAGCCUGUCAGUGCUGGCUUCUUUGGUCACUCCUCUUUUGCCAAACUCUCGGUGGUUGCGGAACAAUGCGUGACGAAAUAUCCUGGCCAAGACAUUGAAAACAUGGGAUUGUAUGCCGCAGGCGGCUGCGGCUUCCAGACUGGGGCUGGUGCUAUCCUCAAUCUCCUGAAGCCUACGCAAGCACAAUCAUUGGUCAUCUUUGGACUUGGUGGUGUCGGCUUCACAGCAUUGAUGGCAGCCAAGUUCCUCGGUCUUGAAAAGAUCAUUGCUGUGGACAUCGUAAACUCCAAGCUCGAGCUUGCGAAAGAAUUGGGAGCCACACACACCAUCAAUUCCUCUCUCUCCAAUCCUGUGGCUGAAGUGAUAAGAAUCACGGGUCGAGGGGCUUCAUUUGCGAUUGAUUGCAGCGGCGUGCCCUCUGUCAUCGAACUUCUUAUUGAUUGCAUUCAUCCCUUCGGAACAGCUGGCUCCAUCGGCGACGCCCCUGCAGGAGCCAAAAUCAAGAUCGAUGCACUGAAGUUCAUGGUCGAAGGAAAAACAUUCGUAGGAUUGGUUGAAGGAGACUCAGUGCCCCAAGAGUUUCUGCCUAAGUUGGUGGGGCUCCACAAAGCUGGAAAUUUCCCGAUCGAUAGGCUGGUCACAGUUUAUCCAAUGACUGAGUUAGCUCGUGCUAUCCGAGAUAUGGAACAGGGCAAUAUCAUCAAGGCAGUGAUCAGAUGGGAUAUGUAG